CUGUCAUCUUCCGUAAUACGCCAAAAACAUUCUCUCUUCUUCCUUCUCAUUAUAAAAAUACGAAACCUCAACAGAUUCACUACUCUCAGGAGAUUCACUCGAACCCGGAUCCCAUCACGGAAGAGGAGAGAGAGACUUAUCUGAUGUGGCGGGGAUUGGUUAAUUCGAAAUUCCGUUAGAGAAAAAAAAUGGGAUGCGUUAACUCGAAGCAGACGGUCUCCGUGACGCCUGCGAUCGACCACUCGGGCGCCUUCAAGGAGAGCGAGAACGAGUGCUCCGGAUCGGGCCGGGUCGUGGUCGAGGAGGAUCCGCCUCGUCCGAUCCUCAAGAAGCUGGCGUCGUGGAGGAGCAGGAGCUGGAAGAGGAGGAGCCUGAAGAGCGAGGUGGGGAGCGAGCUGAGCGAGUCGGGGCGUGGUAGCGACUCGCUGAGUUUCCGUCUCGGUAGUAUCAGCAGAUACAUUGAAGCCGAGCAGGUCGCUGCCGGAUGGCCUGCGUGGCUGAGCAACGUCGCUGGUGAGGCUAUCCAUGGUUGGGUCCCACUCCGAUCUGAUGCUUUCGAAAAGCUCGAGAAGAUUGGACAAGGUACUUAUAGUAGUGUGUUCCGUGCGGUAGAGACUGAGACUGGGAGGAUUGUAGCAUUGAAGAAGGUGAGGUUCGACAAUUUCGAGCCAGAGAGUGUUAAGUUUAUGGCAAGAGAGAUUUUGAUACUUAGAAAACUCAACCAUCCCAACGUUAUCAAGCUGCAAGGUUUGAUUACUUCUAAACUAUCUUGCACUAUACAACUCGUGUUCGAGUAUAUGGAGCAUGAUCUCACUGGUCUUCUUGCUUCCCCUGACAUCAACUUCACUACGCCACAGAUUAAGUGUUAUAUGAAGCAGCUGUUUUCUGGGCUUGAUCAUUGCCAUUCUCGAGGUGUGAUGCAUCGGGACAUAAAGGGUUCGAACCUUUUGUUGAGUAAUGAAGGAGUACUAAAGGUAGCUGAUUUUGGGCUAGCCAACUUCAGCAACUCUUCUGGACACAAGAAGAAACCUCUUACCAGUCGAGUUGUCACUCUGUGGUACCGUCCACCUGAACUUUUGCUUGGGGCAACGGACUAUGGAGCAGCUGUUGAUUUGUGGAGUGUAGGUUGCGUUUUCGCUGAAUUGCUUCUUGGGAAACCUAUUCUCCGGGGAAGAACUGAGGUUGAACAGCUGCACAAGAUAUUUAAACUGUGUGGAUCUCCACCAGCAGAUUACUGGAAAAAAUCAAAACUUCCUCAUGCAAUGCUUUUCAAGCCACAGCAAAACUAUGACAGCUGUCUCGGGGAAACCUUGAAAGAUUUGUCGGAGAUUGAAAUCAAUCUGAUAGAAACUCUUCUUUCUAUUGAUCCACUAAAACGCGGUACUGCCUCCAGUGCCCUUGUUUCUGAGUAUUUUACUACAGAGCCUUUUGCUUGUGAUCCCUCAAGCUUGCCAAUGUAUCCGCCUUGCAAGGAGAUAGAUACAAAGCAUCGGACAGAAGCAGCAAGGAAAAAAAUUAGCGGGAAUGGAAGACGUGGUGUAGAAGCGAGGAAGCCAUCACGGAAGGCCCUUUCAUUCAAUAAAUUGGCACCAUCUGAGGUUACUUUCUACUUAUUCUCUUUGUCUACCUGUUAUCAAGUAUGUUCGUCGUGCAAGAAACUCAAAUGUGCUCUCUUUCUAUGUGUGUUGCAGGAAAGAAUUGGUCAUUUAGUUCCUAUUUCGAUGGAAAGUGAUGCCAAGUUCUGUGGGAAGCUGCAAACGGGCCGGUUAGAUCACAAGAAAGACGAAGCUUCCCAUGUGAAACAUGCAUCCCAAGGUGAUGUACCUUUCUCAGGGCCCUUACAAGUUUCUAAAUCAAGCAGUUUUGCUUGGGCGAAACGAGAAAAAGAUGAAGCAUGUGUUAGGGUACAUAAUCCUUCUCUUUCAAGAGGUCACGUUCCUUAUGCUUCUGGACAUUCUCCCGUCGAGCCUAAGAGAAAUGAGGGUAGAAAUGAUGAUGACAAACGUAGUGAGGACAAGACAGAUCCUCGAGGCCAGGACUCGUAUGAGAUGGUGAAGCGUUCUAUGCUGAAGCAAUGGAGACAACUUGAACGUCUAGAUUCUUUUGGUGCAUCUGACGAGUAUCACUCGCAAGAAAUGUCAUUGGGACAGAGAGAUAAACUGACGACAAAGAUGGGUAAAAAUUUGGGUGAUGAUGGGGACAAGAUCGAAUUCUCGGGCCCUUUGCUGUCCCAAUCUAAUGGAGUUGAUGAACUAGUGGAAUGGCACGAGCGCCGCAUUUGCAAGCUAGUUCGUAAACCGUGGUUCCAGAAAGGUAAAAAACAGGGGAGUUGAAAUGAAUGUUGGAGAAAACGAGCUCCAAGAAAAAUAAUUAUCAAGCAAAUAUGAAAAGGCCUUCUGUUGUUGUUAACUGUUUUUCAUUUAGUUUUUAAGGUAUAAGUUUGAGAUCCUAUUCAAUUGUAUGAUUCAAAGGCAUUGGAUGUAUAGAGAGCUCAGAUCAUAGAUUAUACCAUAAGCACUAUCUAUAAUCCAGAUGAGAAAAUUUCAUCUGAAAUAAAAUUCAAUUGUACUCACCCUUACAUUUAACUUCUUGUAAGAAAAUGAAACAGAAGGUUACAUUU